UUUCAAUCCCUUCUCCUCCGUAGACGACUUGGAGCGUUUCCCCGCCUUUUUACGUUGUUGCGCCGGGGAACACGCAUGUCCCGAACGGGGCGGAAGUGCUGAGUUUGUAGUAGAGAGACGGGAAAUCGUGAAUUGGAGUAGCAGUGUCUGCGCUGUCAACUUUGACACCGGGGGUGUGUGGGGAGCACGCCCUGAGCUGGAGAUCUGUCAUCUUUUCGAUCAGACUCCACUAAUGGUCAGAUCUGGAAGAAAUCUACAAGUGGCUACCCAAGCACGUGGGUUCCUAAAUAACAGGAAUUUGUGGGAUCAAUAUGCUUUAUGAGAAUGAUGGAUCCUCUUAAACGAGAAGGAAAGGUAAAAAAAACUACAGCACAGGACUAAAAGGUUUUCCCAUACCUGUUUGAGAUGUCGGCCAUGGAGGAUGGACAGGAUUUAACAGAGCAGCCGGUAAAAAAAGCCAAAAUGCAGGAUUCUGGAGAGGAAGGUUUAAGUCAAGUGGGCAACAAUGAAACUGGUGAUCGAAAAGCAGAGACAUCUUCAAAUAUGUCAUCAAACCACACGAUACCUAGUGAAAUCCUGCCCUGUGCAGAUUACAUUCUACGUGCAAAUGACUAUACAUCACAGAUCUAUCCUGCAAAACCAUAUACCCACAUCCUUUCAGUACCUGUAGCAGAAACGGUGGCAGCGUAUACUGGACAAACACAGUAUCAAACAUUGCAGCCAUCUCAGCCAUACACAGUUUACCCUCAGGCUUCGCCAACGUAUGGUCUACCUCCCUUUGGAGCUCUGUGGCCGGGUAUUAAAUCUGAAAGUGGUUUAAUUCAGACACCAUCUCCACCUGCUGUGCUAACCUCAUCAGGAGUUUCCAGCAGCCAGUCCAGUCCUGUACUCUACUCAUAUCCUGUGCAAGCUUCAACUACAAAUGCCAGUACCAUGUCUAGCCCUUCAACCAUUGCAAAUAUUUCAAUCCCAACAGUUACCAACAUCUCAAACCAGGACUACCCAACAUACACAAUUCUGGGACAAAAUCAGUAUCCACAAUGUUACCCAAAUCAAGGUUUCCCAUCAGCAGUAGCCUCCAGUAAUGCUGAGGCCAACUCUGUGACACCAUCAUUUCCGGCAGAUAAAGCAGAAAACCCAGUGCCAGCACAGGUAUCUCAGCGACCACUUACUGGAGAUAAUGCUGCUGGUCAGCCCAUGAUGAGAGCAACAGGCAGCAAGGAAACUGAAGAGCAAAAUAAAAAAACGGUGCCUGUAAAGAACAGAGGGAAGGGUAAGAAAGCAGAUGCCUCCUCACCACAGCACAGUGAUCUUGAGCGUGUGUUUUUGUGGGACUUGGAUGAGACCAUUAUCAUCUUUCACUCUCUGCUCACCGGGUCAUAUGCACAAAAGUAUGGAAAGGACCCUUCAUUGGUGGUGGAAUCAGGUUUGGCCAUGGAAGAGAUGAUCUUUGAAGUAGCAGAUACGCAUCUGUUUUUCAAUGACUUGGAAGAGUGCGAUCAAGUUCAUGUGGAAGAUGUAGCUUCUGAUGAUAAUGGUCAGGAUUUAAGUAACUACAGCUUCACUACCGAUGGUUUUAAUGGUACAGCAGGCAAUAGAAAUCAUACCACCAAUGCUGGCGUGCAGGGAGGCAUGGACUGGAUGAGAAAGCUGGCUUUCCGAUAUCGAAAAGUUAUAGAGGUGUAUGAGAAAUACAAGAACAAUGUUAGCGGCCUUUUAAGCCCACAGCGGCGUGAUUCUCUUCAGAGGUUGAGAGCCAAUAUAGAGGCACUGACAGAUGGCUGGUUAGGCACUGCUCUAAAAUGUUUACUGCUUAUACAAUCCAGAAAGAAUUGUGUAAAUGUUCUUAUAACAACAACACAGUUGGUCCCUGCACUGGCUAAGGUUCUGCUCUAUGGUUUGGGAGAAGUGUUUCCUAUUGAAAAUAUCUACAGUGCUACAAAAAUAGGAAAAGAAAGCUGCUUUGAAAGAAUAGUGACAAGGUUUGGGAAGAAAGUCACUUAUGUGGUAAUUGGAGAUGGGAGAGAUGAAGAGAUGGCUGCAAAACAGCACAAUAUGCCCUUCUGGAGAAUAACAAACCACAAUGACCUCAUCUCACUACACCAAGCUCUGGAAUUGGACUUCUUGUGAGGAUCUCUGUAAGAAAGUGGACUUCAAGCCUUUUAGAAACCCAAAGACCUGCAUUCAGGCCCAAGAGUAACAAACUGGCCAUAAGCUUUAGGCUUAAGAUGAAAAUGUAACUGAUCUGAAAGACUUAGUUCGGCUUCAGAUCCAGAGGUCUGGCCACAACAGAAGAUUGAGACAUUUUCUACAGUUUCAUUCAAGAUGCCACCAUUCAUCAGUUUCAAGAUCCUAACCUCCUGCUAUACAUCCUCCUUCCCCUUUAAAGCCCACUUUUAGAUAGCCAACUUUUUCUCCUUCUCCUACUAGAAUUUCUGCUGAAAGCCAUCAGUAGUCAAUUCUGUUUUAAUGCAGGUAGGGAGAUUUAUAUGCCUGUUAGUUUUUCACAGUAUCUGUUCUUUAAAAUCCGUAAAUAAUUGUAGCAGUGGGUUCUGAUUUUCCUAUAAACCCGUACCACCUUUUCACAUGAAGUAAACAAAUCUAAGAUAGAUUGUCUGCAUCAGACUAGAUACUACUACUGCUUUACAGCUCUCUACCAUGGAGUCUGCACCCAUCAGGUUACAAAUACACUUCUGGGAUUUUUAAUAGUAACUGAAGAAAUUGCAUAUGAUUUCUUUCUUUUUUUUCUGGACUGCCAUUCUGGAAAAGUUUCUGAAAUACCUCGAUUGGGGAGAGAACACCCCUAACCAUGAUAUCACCUUGGAUGACAGUAACUUAUUAAAAUGUGGAUUUUUUUUUUCUUCUUCUUUCAUUUCUUGGUUUUCUGUACUUCUUUCAUUAUUCAAAAAAAGCAAGAUUUUUCAUUUCUCAUUUCAAGUUAGGGUUUAGUGUUUACAUUUAUUUUAAUGUUUUUCUCAUUUUUGUGUGUCUUAACUGGGAAUAAAAUUUCAGUAUUUGA